AUGUGCGGAAGCAGUCAUUGCUUUCUAGCAUUUCCCAUCAUUGACAGAUGGGCUUACCGAUAUACUCCGAUUUGCUUUGCUUACAUACAUGCUACAGUAACAAUCCGUGGUCUUAUAUACACCUGUCAACAAGUUACAGUUAACUUAGUAACUACUCCCAAAAAAGUAUCUGCCGAGGCUGUGUGCGAAGUUGUGCGAGUUCCCAGACACUCGUACCAUCGUGGCCGUGGAACCUAUAGUAGACGAACGAUACUGGAUAUCGGGAGGUUGCAUGCAAAGGUCGCCGACGCAUAUCAGCAAUUUACAUAUAUUCUAACCGAAAAAAAAACACUGAAUAAAUCACCGAUCGAUGCUGCGAAGCUGAUUACAAAACUUGAUCGCGGGAAGGGGAAGGAAUCAAAGAGGACUAGAUAUAUACCGAAUGGAAUUCCCGGUCGUUUCCUAUUUAUUCAAAGGCGAAUAUCUAUUGCGUAUGUAUGUAUGUAUGUCAAGAGGGAUACUGGCCCACAUACAGAACCUACCUAA